CAAACAUAGAAUAUCAUGGAGACUUUUUUUGUUAUAUACCUAUCUUAUCUACUAUAUCAAAAAAAGAUAAAAAAGUAUGAACAAACAGACAAAUCAAUAUUACAAUAUGAAUAUCGAAUAUUGAAUAAAUACAGCAAACUACUGGGUGAAACCUAUUUGUCAGUUCCGUUUCACAUUUUGUACUGUAAAGACAAAAACAUAAAUAUUUAAAAACAAAAAAUAUUGAAAUAAUCAAAAGCAAUUACCAAAAAAUACAUGAAUAAAUAUGCCGAAAUAUGGGGGUGUUCAUCGAACGUGGAUUCAAAAACACAAUCAAUAUAAAACUCAAUGCAAUUCAUUGUCAGCUGCAUGGAUGAUAUUCAUCUCGGGUGGCAUGAAAAUAGCAUGGGCCAUUUACGAACAACCUCUGAUAAAAGCUCACAACUCGAUUUUUGGCCAAAUCCAUACGACAAUUUCCUGGUUUAUUGGAGUUAUGAUAGGAACGAAAUUCGCAACGAUGUUUGUCCAACGGUUUUCAAAAAAUGUUGCUAAUUGUAUCAGUGGAUUUUUGGUAAUUCUUGGGGGAUCAGUGUUUCUUUUCUUUCGGGAUCCCUGUCUCAGCGUAGUUAUUGGACGUUAUAUUGAUGGCUGUGCAUUUGGAAUCACCCUUCUUCAAGCAAUCGUGACCGGGGGAGAGGUUUCGAGUCGCUUUCUUCGUGGAACGAUUCUUUCAACUGAACGUGUCUUCCUGUGGGUUGGAAUUUUCGGACAGAUUUGUUUGAGUACGAUCUAUUUUGAUAAAUCAAGAGAUAAUGCAAAUGAUUUUCUGACGGAGGAUCAGAUUCAUGGGGCUAUUGCUAUUACCUUGGGUCUUCUAUCUUUACUGUGUACAGCUGCAUUUGCCAUUGAAUCUCCAAUUUACUUGCACAUCAACCAUCGGGAACCGGAAUCCAUAAGUUCUCUGAUGAGAUUGCAACAAAGCAAAUAUGCAACAAAUUACAUUUUCGAGAUCUUCGAGGAUAAUAAACUGUGGAUCAGGGAAAACGCGGAGCAAAGCUUCCAGGAUGAAAUUCAAAAUGGAAUAUUGGUAUUUCUGAAGCUGACAUUUCUGCGGUCGCUAGUUUCGUUAGCUGUUUCACUGCCGUUUCAUUGGGCGUUUCAUUUGACAAGCCGCAUGGCUUAUGAUUCGAAUUUGCCUCUACUGGCCUAUGGAUGUUCAGGACUUGUUGGAAGCCUUUUGAGUGUCCUGUUCAUGGAUAGUAUUGGAAGACGUGCAACAUCAUCGUUUUCCUUGGGAAUGAGUGCAACUUUACUUUUCGCUGUGGCUGGAAUUAUGUUCGAGUUCGAAGAUACCCUUGGCCUGAUCCCAAAAAUGGAAGUUGUUACUAUUUUGCUGCUUGUCUAUCAAGGUAUCAAUGCUUUUGGCUUUGCUCCUGCCACGACUAUUUACAUGUCCGAAGCAUUCGCUUUGCCCCUCAAGCAAUGUUUUAUAGCUGGAAUAAUUGUGGUCGAUAGUUUGAUCCAAGUGAUAACAUGUGUCUUAGCUUUUACGGUGACAAUCGAUUAUGUUACAUUUUUCAUAAUGGUUGGAAUUUUGAACUUCGCUGGAUGUCUAGUAGUCUUAUUUUGGUUGCCAGAAACUAAGAGAUUAACAUUGAGAGAAUGUUACCAUCGAUUUUCUAAUUCGGAUAUAACUUGAAAACCAUUAGUAACUAUUGUAGUACGUCAAUUAUAAAAAUCUACCAAUAAUUAAGAAUCUUUAAUGAAUUUCAUCAUAAUAUGUUAAUCCAUUUCGUGCCAUUUAUUUAUAUUUAUUAAUUAAAAAUAAAAAUAUAUUAUUUAUAAGAAUUUCCACACAUAAAAUAAAAGCUCAAUCGUAUUGAAUUGGUUUAUAUAUAUUU